AUGGCCCGUCAUCCGCCUUUUCCUCGUUUUCGACUCGAUCCCGAAUGUAAUGGCGACCAAAGUAUUACAGGUGCACAUGCCACUUCGGAUAUGCCUCAAUCAUAUCAAGAACAACAGCAGAAACAAUUACAACCACAAAGAUACCCAGUUCGUUUUCGUCGUUCGGCUUGUUCUGAUUUACAAAGUUCAACUAUACCGGAAGGACGCAUCUAUAACGAUAAUCAUCGUCGCGCAAGUCUUUUUCUUGAUCGACCGUCUGAACCGUCCCUAACGAAAAAACCUCUGUCGGUAUUCGACGAAGCACCAAGCGAAUGUGACUACAUCAAACAAUGCCGACAAAGAUGUCAGUCACUCUAUGGAUCAUUGCCCAGUUCCACUAGUGUAUCCGCGCCGGUAUCGCCAUUGAUUUUAAAAGAAAGUACAUUGAUACCUAGUGACGACGAAGCUGAUGACGACGACGACGAUGUUGAAGUAGAAGAGGAAGAAGACAACAAUGAAAAUGAUGAACCCGAAGAAGAUGAAGAUGAACAAUGUUUUGAUAAUACGGCUACCAAUAAUUUUCGUCAUUCAUUACCUGAUACAUCGCCGGCAGGAUUAGCGAUACGUAAUUUUCUGAAACGUAAUAAAUCAACAAAUAAUAACAAUAAUAACAAUAAUAACAAUCAUCAUCAUCCUCGCCUCGGCGUACCGUCACAGUCAUCGCAGUCAUUAUGCUCAUCUUCCUCAUCUGCUCUAACACCUUCUCCUUCACCAUUAUCAACAUUCCGUAAUUUUCUUUCUCUAGUUAAACUACCGUCAGCAUCAUCUUCGUCGGCAACAACAACAUCAACAUCAACAAAAUCAAUUAUCUCAACAGCAUCAUCUACGUCAACAACUCCACACCAUUCAAGUUUAACUACAUUAACAGGUACAGCGGGUGGAUCAUCAACAACACUUGAUCAAACAGCAUCAUCUCUUUCAUUAAAAAAACGAUCCACAACCAGCGUAGACGCUCAAUCUCCGUGGUAUUUUGAUAAUGAUAAAUCUCAAUGGUGUUCAGCUGAUGGAACAAGUUUCAUUACUCUAGGUCCAAUCGAAUUACAUAAUUUAACAUAUGCCGAACAUAAACAAUUGAAACGUCUCAUACUUCAACGUCUACAAACGGCACAAUAUGAUCUUGGUGUACCGAUACAUGUACCAAAAGAAGAACCUGUUCGAAAACGAAAACAUCAUUUCAUGUUUCGUAGUAAAUCAAGCGACAAAUCCAAAGAAGCAAGAGAAGCGAAAUCGAAUGGCAAUAUUUUCGGUGUUGCGUUAGCUCAAUGUGUUAUUGACGAUGAUUUUCGUUUUCAAGAUGAGACUAUUUCGACUCCUUCGUCUACUACAACGACAUCAGGUGUAGCGAAUCGACAAGAUAGUACAGAUAUAAUUGUUAUAACUACAAGUGAUAGACGUACAAGUCCAUCCGGAAGUGUUUCAUCCACGAAUGAUAGUGGAUAUUCAAUCUCUCCUGCAAGUCCAAGUAGUUUACAUAUCUCAGAUUCUGACUAUGAACAAUUGAAACUUCGAUCGUUAUCACUCGAAGCCUUAGCAGAGAAUGAAGCAGGUACUGGUGUAAAUAGAUGUAAUACAUUACGAUGUUAUCCAGCCAAAGUACCUGAGUUAAUACAAAACUGCUGUGAUUAUCUGGAAAAGAAUGCAUUACAAACUGUCGGCUUGUUUCGAGUUGGUGUAUCGAAGAAACGCUUGAAAGAAUUAAAAGAGCAGGUUAAUCUCAAUCGUAGCCUUACAUUUGACGAAUCAACAAAUGCACAUGAUAUAGCUGGUUUAAUCAAAGAAUUUCUACGCGAAUUACCUGAACCAUUAUUAACACGCGACUUAUGUGCGCCGAUUCUCAAUAUUCCAGCAAGAUUGAAUUCAAAAGAUCAAUCUCGUGCACUUGCGUUUCUUAUUGCGUUGCUACCUUCGUCGAAUCGAGAUACUUUGUAUACUUUAUUAAAGUUUUUACAUAAUGUUUCGUUGAAUGCCCAAGAUCGUAGUUCAAAUGAUGGAAAAGUUGUCGUGGCGGGAAAUAAAAUGGAUGCGGCAAACUUGGCGAUCGUCUUCGCACCGACUAUACUCAUGGAUGGAAAGGCACCGGUGAUAUCCAGUAAAGAUAUGAGUGUUGCAACAAGUGCUGAUCAGAUGGAACAAGGCAAAACUGUUUUGAAAAUGAUGAUCGAACAGUAUAAAGAACUUUUUAUUGUAUCAAAAGAUUUACAUAAUCAAAUCAGUCUGGCAUUAAAUGAAUCAGAUAAUGUUCAAUUAAUGCGAGCAUUGUCGUUCAAAGUGCAACAAGGUUGUGGAAUACUAUCCAUGCAAUUGGAUGACGCCAAUGAACGUCUUUUAAUGUCACUUGAUUUGACGGCAGUUCUAUGUGAAACACCGAAUGCAACAACAAGUAUUUUCUCAUCGAUCAUUCCUCAAACUAAUCGAUCUAAUCAACAACAAGGAAGUACAGGCGGUGGACCUAUACUCCGUCGGUACAAUCAUCGGCGAAAUUCCGAUUUUCCAUGUUCAUCUACCCAUUCGUCACGUUCAUCGGAGUUUCUGCAAGUUCCUAUGUCAUCAUCUCAACAACGCCUUUCAAAUCAUAACCAUCAAUCUGUUUCGAAACUGCCACGUGUACGUGAUAUACGUGAGGCAAGCAUCGAUCAGAUUAUCUUUCGUGUUAUCGAACCAUUUUCAUCUGUUAUCAAUGAACAGCAGCAACAAUUAAGAAAUGCAACUGAACCAAUCAUCAAUGUUAGUUCAUUCGAUGACAUGGUUGCAUCGUCUAUCAUACGACCGAAUACCUUAGAUAUCAAAGAAUCACCGCCAUCACCACCUUCAUCACCAAUACUCCGAUCAGCUGCAACAGCAACAACAACAACUACUACUACAAUAGCUGUCACCACUACCACAACACCAGCAACAACAACAACAACAACAGAACCGACUUUACGAGAAAUCAAACCGUAUUCCCGUUCGAAAACAGCUCCACUAUCAUCAUCGUCCGGUGCUCACAAUUUCCUAAGUGUAAAACGUCGAGAAGCACGCGAUUUAUGUGGAUCAAGUUCAAAUGACGAUUCACCUUCACCUACCAAUGGUCAACACAGUACUCUUGUUUAA